CAAUGUUCUAGUCAUAUCGAAAACGUCGUGUAGUGGAAGUGUAAAUACAGCGUUUGUGGAGCGGACGAACCGAACGAAACCCCCCAACAAAAGCAAAGAGAGGGGAACUAUCUGACAAACGUCUUGGUGUGAUAUACGAUACGUACAUGUGCGUGUGUUUGUGUCCGUGUUUUGUUAGCUGCUGAUGGCGUUGGGGCUGAUUUCUUUCGGUGUGCUAGAGUAAAAGGCCAAAGAGGAGAAGGCAGAAAACUGCCCCGUAGAACAAUAACAAUAAGAAGAGCAAAACAUAUGAGAUUGUUAAACACACACCGACAAACAUAACAAAAUCAAAACACCGUGCCGUAGUCUUGAUCCAAGAAAAAUAUAGAAUAAAGCUGUUUGGGUCGUUGAGGCUGCGUUUAAAAUAAUUAUUUUUUGAAGAGCUCCUCCAUCGGAAAUGCUUAUCAAUGCAUAGUGUCACACAUCUGCGACAUACCUACUAGAACAAAGGGAGCGAGCGAGCAGCCGUUUGUUUGUAAAGAAUAAAUUCUUUGUUGCUGUUACUCAAUUGCAAAUUUCGAAUAAAUUGAUAGAAGCAGCAUUUUUCUUACCGACCCUAAAACUAUUCGGAAACCAUAAAUUAUGAGGAACUCAACAAAUGGUACAACCAGCAGUAGUAAUGAUAACAAAUAUGUCACUAUUGCCACAGCAUCCAACAAGGAACCGCGGGUCGAAAAAGUCCUUUAUGAUAAUCGUAUUAAGAGGAAGAAUGUCUUAGCGCUGAAUGAAAAAGUGGCCGCCAUACGUGAAUAUGAAAAACGUCCCAUAUACAAACGCAUUGGCCGCAUGUUCCAAUGCAGCCCCGACCAAAUAAAACGCAUUGUUCAACAGAAAGAGUCCAUUCUAAAUGCCUGGGAACAAAGAACUCGUAAGUGUCGUGAUGCCAAGACGCUGGAAAUGAAAGUAGUACGUGUUUCGAUGCUUGGCAAAGCGGUAUACGAAUGGAUAAGGCGUAUGAUGUAUUACAAGGACAUUCUCAUUACCGAUGGUCUUAUUCAAAAAAUGGCUUUGCAAUUCAAGAGUGCCAUGGGUUUGCAAAAUUUCUUUCCACACCAGGAAUGGUGUGACAAAUUUCGCAGCACAUACAAGAUUUAUACAUGCGACAGUAAGACAUUGAAUAUAUCCUAUUCUCAAGGACAUUCUGUGCAGAUUAAGGAUGUCAUGAAAGAUGUUCUUUCCGAAUGCUGUCCCGACGAGGAUGAUGAAGAGAAUGAUAUAGACGAUAACAUAAUGAAUUUGGAUGAUGAUUGCAAUAGUAAUGAUAGUGGCGAUGAGCUGGAAGACGAAAAAGUUCGGAAAAAUUCAAGUGCGAAGGAGAAACUGAAGACAAGGAUUAUUGGUAAAGACAGCGGCGGCAAGACAAUAACAUACCCAAAUACAUCGGCUAAUGCAACUAUUCCAACCAUGCAUCAAUUGGUGGCAUUGCCCAUUCAAGGAAAUAGUCUGACAGGGGGACAAAAGGUUUUGGUAGCGACACCAAUUGUGCCGCCGGGACAAAAGCAAGGCUCUGCCCCCAUGACAAUGACCAUAAUACCUUUAGCCACUUUAGGACAACACUCAAAUAACAUAAAUGCAACAGCUGUAGCUGCGUCUUUAAAUAGCGCUUGUUUCAACACUCAGAAAUCCUCCGAUAAACGGAGUAACCAUGAUGAAAUUGCCAUACCCAAUCCAAUGGUUGAAAUAAAACAAGAAAUCAAGGAAGAACCCAAAGAUGAAGAAUUUGUAGAUGAGCAAAAGGAAUCCAGUAAGGAACAGGAAACAACAGAGAUUAAAAUUAAAAAAGAAUGUUUUUCCGAUGAAGAAAAUGAAUUUCCAACGCCCGUUAAACAAGCCAUGCCAACAGUUUUACCAACUUUAUUGCCAGCACACGUUGUUGCCAUACCAAUUCACAAUAAGGAUAUGUUAGAAGAAUCAUCUAAGGAUUCAUUAGAUGACCUUACCUUAUCGUCGCUAAGAAAAAGAAUCAAAACAGAAGAAUCAACAACGGAACAAGAGGCAAAUGCAAAUGGCAAUGAAAAACCUACAACGGAUUGCAGCAAAUCUUCUAAUUCUGAAAAAAGUUUGAGAGCAAAUAUGCCUCCUAUGCCGCCCUUAACAAAGGCGCCGACCUUGACCCCACCAGGAUCAAGUAGCAUGCCUAUAUAUGCAAACCGCAAAAGACCAAGUUCAACCGAACAACAUAGUCAUUCCCAAGAAUUGCCACCAAUACGUUCUUGCUCAGAGGCACGCAAAUACUUAAAGCUUUUGGAAGAUUUCGCUUUGGAACGUGAAAUUUUUCGCCUUAUUGGUCUAAUAGGUCGGGCUGACGAAGUACUAAGAGAACUGGACAAAAAACACACAACAGAAGAGGAAAGUGAGGACGUCGAUAUUGAUUAAAUGCACAUAUACACACAUAAAUAGUUCCACGAACCAUGUACAGCUAUAGUUUAAAAGUUAUUAUAAUAUUGUAUCAAAAAUGAAAACCAAAGUUUUUACAGUGGUUAAUGACACAUAAAUUUUGAAUUUGUGGCAAUGUGAAACAUAAUUUUAGAAUUUUUCUUUGUUAAAUAUUAAAUUGAUUAAACUUCAGUUAGGAGUGCAAGGCUGGUCCUUGGUUGAAUUCACCAACAAUGAGUCAUGAGUUUUGCAUUGCAUUGUCAUUCCAAACCACUGUAUUAGAUAAUAGAAACUCUAGAAUAAUAUAUAAAAUACAUACAAAUAUCAUAUUUUCCAAGAAAAUCAAAUAAGAAAGUGUUUCCCUUUUAUAAGAAAAAACCUGUAAAUACAACCAAAGAUUAAAUAAAAACCAAAUGAAUGCA